CCCUUUCUCUCCACUGCCCCGCUUUAUUGAUUCAUUGUUGUGCAGCUUUCAAAUGAUAACCCCUCCCCUCCUCCUUGUCUAGGAUCCUGCUGGGAUUUUUGAGCUGGUGGAAGUGGUUGGAAAUGGCACCUACGGACAAGUCUAUAAGGGUCGACAUGUUAAAACAGGUCAGCUGGCAGCCAUCAAAGUCAUGGAUGUUACCGAGGAUGAAGAGGAAGAAAUCAAACUGGAGAUAAAUAUGCUGAAGAAAUAUUCUCAUCAUAGAAAUAUUGCGACAUAUUACGGUGCUUUCAUUAAAAAGAGCCCUCCAGGACAUGAUGACCAGCUCUGGCUGGUCAUGGAGUUCUGUGGGGCUGGCUCCAUCACAGACCUUGUGAAGAACACCAAAGGGAACACACUCAAAGAAGACUGGAUAGCUUACAUCUCCAGAGAGAUCCUGCGGGGGCUGGCACAUCUUCACAUCCAUCAUGUGAUUCAUCGGGACAUCAAGGGCCAGAAUGUGUUGCUGACUGAGAAUGCAGAGGUGAAACUUGUGGAUUUUGGUGUGAGCGCUCAGCUUGACAGGACCGUCGGCAGGAGAAACACGUUCAUAGGCACGCCCUACUGGAUGGCUCCUGAGGUCAUCGCCUGUGAUGAGAACCCAGAUGCCACCUAUGAUUACAGAAGUGACCUUUGGUCUUGUGGCAUCACAGCCAUUGAGAUGGCAGAGGGCGCGCCCCCUCUCUGUGACAUGCAUCCAAUGAGAGCACUGUUUCUCAUUCCCAGAAACCCUCCUCCCCGGCUGAAGUCAAAAAAAUGGUCAAAGAAAUUUUUUAGUUUUAUAGAAGGGUGCCUGGUGAAGAAUUACAUGCAACGGCCCUCCACCGAGCAGCUUUUGAAACACCCGUUUAUAAGGGAUCAGCCAAACGAAAGGCAAGUUAGAAUCCAGCUCAAGGACCACAUAGACCGAACCAGAAAGAAGCGGGGAGAGAAAGAUGAAACUGAAUAUGAGUACAGUGGGAGCGAGGAGGAAGAGGAGGAGGUGCCCGAGCAGGAAGGAGAGCCGAGCUCCAUUGUCAACGUGCCCGGCGAGUCCACCCUUCGCCGGGAUUUCUUGAGACUGCAGCAGGAGAACAAGGAGCGCUCUGAGGCCCUUCGGAGACAGCAGCUCUUGCAGGAGCAGCAGCUCCGGGAGCAGGAGGAGUAUAAAAGGCAGCUGUUGGCGGAGAGGCAGAAACGGAUCGAGCAGCAGAAGGAGCAGAGGCGGCGGCUGGAAGAGCAACAAAGGAGAGAGCGCGAAGCUAGAAGGCAGCAGGAACGUGAACAGCGAAGGAGGGAACAAGAAGAAAAGAGGCGUCUAGAGGAACUGGAGAGAAGGCGGAAAGAGGAAGAGGAAAGGAGACGGGCCGAAGAAGAGAAGAGAAGAGUGGAGCGAGAACAGGAGUAUAUCAGGCGACAGCUAGAAGAGGAGCAGCGGCACUUGGAAGUCCUUCAGCAGCAGCUGCUCCAGGAGCAGGCCAUGUUACUGGAGUGCCGAUGGCGGGAGAUGGAGGAGCACCGGCAGGCAGAGAGGCUCCAGAGGCAGUUGCAACAAGAACAAGCCUAUCUCCUGUCUCUACAGCAUGACCACAGGAGGCCGCACCCGCAGCACCCGCAGCCGCCGCCGGAAAGGAGCAAGCCCGGCUUCCACGCUGCAGACCCCAAGCCCCACUACGAGCCCGCCGACCGAGCUCGUGAGGUGGAAGAUAGAUUUAGGGAAACUAACCACAGCUCCCCUGAAGGCCAGUCUAAGCAGACAGGCAGAGUAUUGGAGCCACCAGUGCCUUCCAGAUCAGAGUCUUUUUCCAAUGGCAACUCCGAGUCUGUGCGUCCCGCCCUGCAGAGACCAGCCGAGCCACAGUGGUCCCACCUGGCAUCUCUCAAGAACAAUGUUUCCCCUGUCUCGCGAUCCCAUUCCUUCAGUGACCCUUCUCCUCCCAAAUUUGCACACCACCAUCUUCGCUCUCAGGACCCAUGCCCACCUCCCCGCAGUGAGGCGCUAAGUCAGACUUGUGAGUCGGAGGUACCUGACCCCACCCAAAAGGCGUGGUCUAGAUCAGGCAGUGACGAGGUGCCUCCAAGGGUUCCUGUGAGAACAACGUCUCGCUCCCCCGUUCUGUCCCGUCGGGACUCCCCGCUACAGGGUGGUGGGCAGCAGAACAGCCAAGCAGGUCAAAGAAACUCCACCAGCGGUAUCGAGCCCAGGCUGCUAUGGGAGAGAGUGGAGAAGCUGGUGCCCAGGCCUGGCAGUGGCAGCUCCUCGGGGUCCAGCAACUCAGGGUCGCAGCCUGGCUCCCACCCUGGGUCUCAGAGUGGCUCUGGAGAGCGCUUCCGAGUGAGAUCAUCAUCCAAAUCUGAAGGCUCUCCAUCUCAGCGCCUUGAAAAUGCAGUGAAAAAAACAGAAGAUAAAAAAGAAGUGUUUAGACCUCUCAAGCCUGCUGGUGAAGUGGAUUUGACUGCGCUGGCCAAAGAGCUUCGGGCAGUGGAAGAUGUGCGACCACCGCACAAAGUGACAGACUACUCCUCAUCCAGUGAGGAGUCGGGGACGACAGACGAGGAAGACGAUGACGCAGAACAAGAGGGGCCCGAGGAACCCACGUCUGGACCAGAGGACGCCAGAGCAGCGUCAUCUCUGAAUUUGAGCAAUGGUGAGACAGAAUCCGUGAAAACCAUGAUUGUCCAUGAUGAUGUGGAGAGUGAACCAGCCAUGACCCCAUCCAAGGAGGGCACCCUGAUCGUCCGCCAGAGUACAGUUGACCAAAAGCGUGCCAGCCAUCACGAGAGCAAUGGCUUUGCCGGUCGUAUUCACCUCUUGCCAGAUCUCUUACAGCAAAGCCAUUCCUCCUCCACCUCUUCCACUUCCUCCUCCCCAUCUUCCAGCCAGCCGACACCCACCAUGUCCCCACAGGCACCCCAGGACAAGCUCACUACUAAUGAGACUCAGUCCGCUAGUAGCACACUCCAGAAACACAAAUCCUGCUCCUCCUUCACACCUUUUAUAGACCCCAGGUUACUACAGAUCUCUCCAUCUAGCGGGACCACAGUGACUUCCGUGGUGGGAUUUUCCUGUGACGGAAUGAGACCAGAAGCUGUAAGGCAGGACCCCACCCGGAAAGGCUCGGUGGUCAACGUGAACCCCACCAACACGCGGCCUCACAGUGACACCCCAGAGAUCCGUAAAUACAAGAAGAGAUUUAACUCCGAGAUUCUGUGUGCUGCCUUAUGGGGAGUGAAUUUGUUAGUGGGUACAGAGAGUGGCCUGAUGCUGCUGGACAGAAGUGGCCAAGGGAAGGUAUAUCCUCUGAUCAACCGAAGACGAUUUCAACAAAUGGAUGUCCUUGAAGGCCUGAAUGUCUUGGUGACAAUAUCUGGCAAAAAGGAUAAGUUACGUGUCUACUAUUUGUCCUGGUUAAGAAAUAAAAUCCUUCACAAUGACCCAGAGGUCGAGAAGAAGCAAGGGUGGACAACCGUCGGGGAUUUGGAAGGAUGCGUGCACUAUAAAGUUGUAAAAUAUGAAAGAAUCAAAUUUCUGGUCAUUGCUUUGAAGAGUUCUGUGGAAGUCUAUGCGUGGGCACCCAAGCCAUAUCACAAAUUUAUGGCCUUUAAGUCGUUUGGAGAAUUGGUACAUAAGCCGUUGCUGGUGGAUCUCACCGUUGAGGAAGGCCAGAGGUUGAAAGUGAUCUAUGGGUCCUGUGCUGGGUUCCACGCUGUUGAUGUGGAUUCAGGAUCAGUCUAUGACAUUUAUCUACCAACACAUGUAAGAAAGAACCCACACUCUAUGAUCCAGUGUAGCAUCAAACCCCACGCAAUCAUCAUCCUCCCCAACACAGACGGAAUGGAGCUUCUGGUGUGCUACGAAGAUGAGGGCGUUUAUGUGAACACCUAUGGGCGGAUCACCAAGGACGUGGUCCUGCAGUGGGGAGAGAUGCCCACAUCUGUAGCAUAUAUUCGAUCCAAUCAGACGAUGGGCUGGGGAGAAAAGGCCAUAGAGAUCCGGUCUGUGGAAACUGGUCACCUGGAUGGUGUGUUUAUGCACAAAAGGGCUCAAAGACUGAAAUUCUUAUGUGAACGCAAUGACAAGGUGUUCUUUGCCUCUGUUCGGUCUGGUGGUAGCAGUCAGGUUUACUUCAUGACAUUGGGCAGGACUUCCCUUCUGAGCUGGUAGAAGACGGCGGUGAAGAUCUCCGGCCCCCAGAGCCUUCGAGGUCCUGAGAACUCGGAAUUCCUUGCAACUGGAGCUCGGCGCUGCAGCAGGGCCACCCAGGACAGCUGUGCGCACAGACCCGCGUGUGGGCUUCUUUCCUCCCCUCCUUCCCGCUCCUCUCUUACCAGUUUACCCCCAUUCUUUUCUUUUCCUUACUCACAAAUAAAUCAAGGCUGCAAUGCAGCUGGUGCUGUUCAGAUUCUACCAUCAGGUGCUAUGUUUGGGAUCGAGCAUCAGACCAGAAAGCAAACGCCUUUCCUCAGCUCCAGAAUUCCCUGUCUCUGAGUGACUCUGUCGUGUGGGUGUCUGAAGGUGCAGACUGUGACCAUGCCGUCGGUUUGUCGGAAGUGGGCACGAGGAGGUGUAAUGUGGUCUUGACGAGUGGUUUGCUGAAGCGAAGAGCAGAUUUAAUAUAGUAACAUUAACAAUGUAUUUAAUUGACAUUUCUUUUUUGUAAUGUGACAAUAUGUGGACAAAGAAGAAGGUGCAGGUUUAAGAAGUUAAUAUUUAUAAAAUGUGAAAGACACAGUUCCUAGGAUAACUUUUUUUGUGGGUAGGGCUUGGGAGGCGGGUGGGUUGGUUCAGGGGGUCCCGUUUUGUUUCUUUGGAUUUUGUUUCUUUAGCUCGGCCAAGAACUCAGUCAUUUUUCUGUGUACCAGGUUUUGCCUAAAUCACGUGCAGAUGGUUCUUCAAGGAAAAAAAAAAAGAAAAUGCGUGCAUUUGUGUAACGGCCAGAACUUUGUUGUGUGACAGUAUUAGCGCUGCCUCAGUUAAAGGUUUAAUUUUUGUUUAAACCUAGAAGUGCGACAACAGUUUUACCACAGUCUGCACUUGCAGAGGAAAAAAAAUUUUUUUUCAACCACAUUUAUUUUUUUUGCCUACCUCAUUGUUUUUAAUGCAUUCAGAGGUGGUUUAGUUUAUGUUUGGGGAGGAAAACAUUAAUGUUUAAUCUUAAUACCAAAACUAUCAGAUUAAAGAUUGACUGUUUUUUUUGGUCACAGGUCUCAGUAGACACAAGAGAAAUUGUCCCCGAAGAUGGGGAAUAGCCACAUGGCUGUAUCAUGCUGACCGAUGCAGUCUGCUUUCUCAGUGUAGAGAGCAGGGUGUUUCAUUUUCACCACAUUCACUGUUAGUGGUUGGUGGGUGACUGUAACCUCCGACCCAAGGGGCCACACUCAGUUCGGGGUUUGGUAGCAGACAGGCGAUCACAUUAGAGUAGCCACACAAAGUGUUCAGUGUUGCAGGAACCCUGCAGGGGUGGGGGUCGGGGUAGUUCCCUUUUCUAAAAAUGCAAUGCACUAAAAGUAUUUUAAGAAUGUGUAAGCUGGCAUCUCCCCGUGUUCAGGUGUAGCUCAAAGCCCUGGCUUUGCCUGUUCUCUUGUUCUCUCUGUUUUUAAACCAGUUUUACUUUAUGAAUAUGUUCACGACAUUUGUAAUAAAUGUCUUGGGUAAUAAUUUGUUUCAUGGCUCCAUGGUCACUCAGCUCCUCUGAGGUUAUCCAUCUCUUCGUGGUAAAGGAACAACGCUCAGUGGCACGGUUCUGCCAUCCUGCUCUCAUCUUGUGGGGUUCCAAGGGGGGCAGUGUUCUGAUGGCCACUUUAAAUUUGUUCACCAACAGAAGCUUGGCGUUCCAUAGGCUUAAUUCUCCUUGUGGUUAAUCUUCUUUGAUAACAUGAAAAGGGGCGGGGGAGGGAUCUUGCCUCCCCAAAAUAAAACAAUCAUUUUCAUCUAUUUGCCAAGGCUUUGCCCAGCAUUCUCAUCUCAUUUGACAUCCAUUUUGACUGCUUAUUCUCUUCCUCCGGGCUCAGCAUUUUUGCCAAAGGCUCUCCUUUAUUACAAAAACCUAGUGAAAACCAUAUGCACUCAACAAAUGCAGGAACAGCAGCUGGCUGUACACACCCACGGAGGCAAGAUGCGCUGAGAAAGCCUUUCUUUGGGGAGGACGAUGAGAGGGGAGUGGUCUGUUCAUCGGCGUGACUCUGGAGUUGUGCUGAUGUCCAAAGUGGAAAGAACUAGCUCUGUUCAACAAAUCCGUUGUUACCGUGGCAAAGAUCGAACAGGUAAUCCCACCUUGGAAAGGACUUUUGAGAUAAGCCAGAUUCCUUCACCACAGGACUUCAGUCAGAAUCAAAUUACUGCUGGCAAUUUCCCACGUACAUUUUGGCUUUUCAAGUGAAAUGUGCCAACAGUGAACACGUGUACAUGCCAAGAGGAGAGAAAACUGGAUGGCUGGGUCUGUUCUAGUCCUUCCCGUGGCUUUAGAGAGGUGGAAGUUGGGGAGGUGUCUUUGAAAGAAUACUAACCUUCUGAUUCCGAUAUGGAAGAAAUAAGAAGGGAUGAGGUAUUACAGUCUUGGUUAUCCGUAGACUUGAAGCGCAAUGUGUAUAACUCAAGGGGCGUCACACAGAUGAACACAGAUGGUGUUUCAUUGGAAUUACUGAGUGGUUAGAACUUGACAAAAACUAGAUUCCACUUCAGAUGUGCUGGGGUCUGAGCUCAAGUUGGAAUUGUGCCUGUCCUGCUCACACAGCCCCAGGCACACCCACCUGGCCCUCCCUUGGUGUUUUGAGUUGAAGGGGAUUGAGUUCAUCAGAGGGCCUAACCUACUGGCCUCAGACAGCAGCCUGUUCUUGAGGGGUGGGCUCCUCGUGUGUGCCUUCCUUGGCUGCGGUGUCCUUCCCUUGGCUUCGCCGCCUUGUCAGCCAGAUUGUGUUGCUACGGCUUCAAGCAGGUGCCCAAUUAGGUCUCUCCGUAAAAGAUGGUAAGCUGUUGAAAUCUCAUUCUUCCAGAGAAGGGAUGAUUUUCCUUUAACAGGGUAGUGAUUUCACAGAAGUGCCAAGAUGGCAAAAUUACAAAAGAAAACAGUGUUACGACGACACCAUUAAAUAUGGAACACUGAAAACUAUCAUAGCAGUGCUCUUCAAAAUAAAACAUAAAUAUGUCUCUGGGUUUAGUCAAGGCUUUAAUAAGUAAUGCCUUUCUGUAUUUAAAUCAGAGUAACUUUUGAGUGCAGUGUUUUUACUUUUUUCUCAUGCACGUGAUAUGUUGGAGAAAAUGUUUACAAACAUGGUUUUGUUACACUAAUGUGCAUCACAUAUUUAUGGUUUACUUUUAAGUGACUUUUUAAUGGGUUAUUUAGGUUUUCGUCUUAGUUGUAGUCCACUUACCAUGAUUCUUAAUCCCUAAUUUGCCAAUUAUAAAUUUGCUGAACAGCAAUACAAAUGACAAACUGCAUUAAAUUUACUAAUCACAGAGUUGCAAAGCAGACUGGUGGCAAGUACGUGGCCUUUUUUUUCCCAGUGCUAACUUGUCUUCUGUGUAUUAUGAAAAUUACUGUUGUUCCUACCCUGCCCCCCCCUUCUUUUUUCCUUAAAUAAAGUAAAAAUGACACCUA